AAUAAUGGAGUUUGAUGACGAAGUGAAUGAGAACUUAAAAAUGCAGUUUAAGGCGCUGCAGGAGCAACAACAGAAGAGGAUGCAGAGUCUGAUGGAGAGGAAGAAAGCGAAGCAGCACAACCAGAGUAAAAGCAACACAGAGGGCCAGGGUGAGGCCUUUGGAGUGCCAGACGAUCUCAGCUUAUCCACCCCAAAUAGCGCGAUGCCGGGUGAAGACAUCAGGAAAAGGUUGCUUGAAAACGAAAAUGAGCAGCUCCAGAACCAGCUCCGAGAAACUGAGGAUGAGAACGGCCGGCUGUACAAGCUGCUGAAGGAGCGCGACUUCGAAAUUAAGCAGCUCCAGAAGAAGAUCGAGGAGGAAAGACUGGCCCUCAUGGGAACCUCUGGCUUAGCAGGAGACGUCGCUGCCACCAAAAUCGUUGAGCUGGCGAAACGGAACCGGCACUUGACAGCCGAGAUGGAAAAAGAGAAAACGAAAACAAAACAGCUGAAAAACAGGAUCAAAGAUCUGGAAAAUGAACUACAAAUCUCAGCUACCAAGCCCCAGCCACAUGGAGACAAAGAUGUUCCGCCUGCUCGUAAAACAGCAGACACUCAAUUGACCCCAGAGAUGAAAGUCGUGCAGGGUCAGUUAUCGGCAGCCAACCUCAAAAUCUCCGAGCUUCGCAACCAGCUCCAGACCACAAAGCAGGAACUUAAGAUGACCCAGAAGCUCUUAGCGAAUGAAGUUGGAGAGGACGUCAUCGUUCAAAACCUGCUGGCUACCCCCGGCAGCUGGCGCGGGCGGGCUCAACAAAUUCUGGUCCUACAAAGCAAAGUUCGAGAGCUGGAGAAGGAAGCCGUGGAGAAGCUUACGGGGGAGUACAGCGCCCUCCAGAAGGAUCACGAAGACGUGAAAAAGAAGUUGGAUGGGGCCAAAGCCAGAAACCAAGUCUUGUCCAGCGAGGUGAAGACGCUGAAGGAACAGAUCUCCACCUUGCUGGAUAAAGGAAAACAUGACGAUGAACUCAUUGAUGCCUUGUUGAGCCAGCUGAAGGACAUGCAGGUCAUCUUGAAGAACCUGAGCCAGCAGGACGAGCGGAGCAAGGAGUGUCGCCAGAGUCUGGGCCAGCAGCUGAACCUGGAGGCGCAGAAGCAAAACUCCCUCAUAGAACAGCUGAAGCGGAUGGUGGCCGAGCGAGAAGCCCAGGUGCAGGAUCUGGAGAAGAGGAUCGAGCAGCUCACGACGCAGCAUCGUCUUCCUCAAACUGAGGACAGCAGCUCUGACUCCAUUUCUGCAGAGUCUCUGGAAGGGGAGGAUUGCCUUUCGGCUCCCAAGAAACAUGGCCUCAGUGGAAGGAACAGCUCUGGCCGAACCGUCUCCAAGAUGGGGCACACCCUCGUGGAUUCUGCAGCUCCAUCGGUUCCAUUCAGUGUCUCUCCUGAGAGGGUGGCUGAGCCAGAUGAUCCUGACGCCAAAGCCCGAAGCAUCCAGAUGACCGAGCUGAAGGCUCUUUGCCAGGCGGCUGAAGUCGAACGUGACCGGCUGAUCGAACUGGUCACCGUCCUACAGAAGAGGGUGGACGAAAGCACUUCGAAGGUCUGGGAAACAGAGAAGAUGUUUCAGGAAGAGCAGCGCCGGUGCCUCGCUCUAGAGAAGCAAGUUGAAAAACUGAAGACAGAGUUGGGGAAGAAUACCGGCCUGUCAAAAGCCCACUCAAAGUCCAAAACAGCCCAGCUUCCCGGUAGCGCCAGGGUGAGCGGGAACGUGGGAGAGAAGAAGGACCGUCGGUCGCCACAGCUCUCCGAAGUCCCGCUGGAGUCCCAAAUAGAAGAACUGUCUGCAAGGCUUGAAAUCCAGACGGAGGAGAACGAAGGCCUGAGGAGCGCCUUGCGGGACCUGGCCGCGGCCAAAGAGGAGGACUUCCAGGUGUUCCAGGAAACCGUGGGCCGGGUGAAGGAGAUCUUCCUGCAAGCUCUGAGGCAGCAGAAGCCGGAGAUGACCUGAGUCAGGGACACACACACAGACAAACACACACACACACGAGAGAAGCAACCAGAGGAAAGG